CUUAAUCCUUAUGCUGAUAUAGUAAUCACUAUAAUCAUUAAUCACUAAUACCAACACCAACACCACGUAUCAUUGCUUCUCCAGGAAACAGGAAAAGGAAGAUAACUGCCGUCGGCCAUAUGGAGGACUAUUGGUUCCUUAUCCUAGUCUCCAUCUCCGUUGCAGCUCUCCUCAAAUCCCUCAUCAGCGUUUUCGCGGCACAAAAAUCAUGUCUCCCGCCGGGGCCCUCCGUCGUCUCAAUCAUCCGCAACCUGACCAAAUCCUUCUCCGACCUGGAGCCCUUCCUCCGUUCCCUCCACGCCAAACACGGCCCCGCCGUCACGCUGCGCCUCGGCAAUCGCCUCGCCAUCUUCAUCGCCGACCGCACCCUCGCCCAUCAAGCUUUGAUCCAGAACGGCGCCGUCCUGGCCAACCGACCGCCGGCUCAGCCUGUCUCUCGAAUCACCGGCAGUAACCAGCACAACAUCAACACUGCCUUUUACGGGCCCACCUGGCGCCUCCUCCGCAGAAACCUGAUCUCCGAGAUCCUCCACCCGUCGCGGGUGAAGUCCUACUCCCACGCGCGCGCGUGGACGCUCCGCAUCCUCAGGACCCGACUCCAUGAAUCCGGAUCGGCCCAGCCGGUUCGGGUCAUGGAUCACUUCCAGUAUGCGAUGUUCUGCCUGCUGGUGUUCAUGUGCUUCGGCGACAAGCUCGGCGAGAACCAGAUCUCGGAGAUCGAGCGGGUCGAGCGCCAGAUGCUUCUCAACGUUCAUAGAUUUCAGGUCCUCAACAUCUUCCCAAGCUUCCUCACGCGGAUCUUGCUCCGGCAGCGGUGGUCGGAGUUCCUCCGGCUGCGGCAGGGGCAGGAAGAGGUCUUGCUCCCUCUAAUUCGAGCCAGAAAGAGUUUGAAAGAGGGCAGAGCUGGCAGCAAAAUCAAGGAAGAAGAUGACGACGGCCACGUUUUGGCGUACGCAGAUACACUCUUAGAUCUGGAACUGCCGGAGGAGGGGAAGCGGAAUCUGACGGAGACAGAGAUGGUGACUCUCUGCAACGAGUUCCUCAACGCCGGCACUGACACCACCGCGACCGCCUUGCAGUGGAUCAUGGCGAAUUUGGUCAAGCAUCCUGAGGUCCAGCACAAGGUAUUGGACGAAAUCAAAUCCCUAAUUGGCGAUCGAGAAAGAAUAGGAGAAGAAGGAGAGGUCAAAGAAGAAGAUCUGAGUAAGCUACCUUAUCUCAAGGCUGUUGUUCUUGAAGGACUCCGCCUCCACCCGCCGGGUCAUUUCGUGCUGCCGCACGCGGCGACGGAGGAUCUGGAGCUCGGCGGGUAUUUGGUGCCCAAGGGGGCGGUGGUGAACUUCAUGGUGGCGGAGAUGGGUCGGGACCCGGUAGUGUGGGAGGAUCCAAUGAGGUUUGACCCGGAGAGAUUCGUGGGCGAGACGUCGUCGUUUGAUGUGACGGGAAGCAAGGAGAUCAAAAUGAUGCCGUUUGGAGCUGGGAGGCGGAUGUGUCCCGGGUUUGGACUGGCGUUGCUGCAUUUGGAGUAUUUUGUGGCCAAUUUGGUUUGGAGUUUCGAGUGGAAAGCUGUGGAAGGUGAGGUGGUGGAUCUCUCGGAGAAGCUGGAGUUUACUGUUGUGAUGAAGAAUCCGUUGCAGGUGCAGUUGUACCCCAGGCCAAGUCCAACGGAUUCCACUUCCACCCAUGGACCAUAGUUGUUGAUUUGUACAUUUUCUAUGUAAUCUAUAGCAAUGCAAUCAAAAGCGCGAUUCUACCUAGUAGCGGAAAAGGGGUAAAAUCGUAAAGCGUAGUAUCAAAGCGUAAAAGCGUAAGUUUUUUACGCAUACUGAAAAAUAAUUAAAAAUCUAUUAAAUAGGACAUAUACUAUAUAAAAUAUGAAUGCACAGAAUUCAGAUAAGUUAAUAAAUACAUGCAAUUCAUGCUUAAAGUAGAGCAACUUAUAGCAUCUUAAUAAUAAGUUCGUAGACAUAAAUUUUAACAAUAAGUCACUUUUCCUUCUAUGCUAAUGAAUUUGGAAAAAGUCU